AAAUGGGUUGGUAGUGCUAAUGGACUAAAUAGACAAAAUAUUUCAAUGUAAAUGAACGGAAAUUUCGGCUUUGUUUCGUUGUUUGCCGAAGUAGCCAAUGAUGAUAAAGUGACACAGUGAAUUUGACCUUUCCGUCCUGUCAGUGGAAUCAUGUUUUCAGUAGCUACCGCUAAUCCCAUAAUAAUCCAUUGGCGCUUCGCGAGAGAUCACAUGCGCCCCUUUGUUCCUGCAAUGUUCGCUAGAUAUCAAGGCGGGCUGUAGGCUUUGAGACCUGUACGGUUAAUGGCUAUGCCUUGAAGGGACUCCGAGAUGGGAUUUCAAAGGUUCUACUGUCUAUUUUGGGGAUUUUAUCUGUGGAUUUUGUCUGGAAGCCUUCUCUGGGGAUUCCAACACAAACGGUCGCUCGAUUCUCCAAGCUCACAGUUGUCAAAUCACUCAAAAGUAUGUCCAGAUUGUAAAGCUCCAGCUUUUAACAAACCUCUUCUAAAUCAAACAGCAGAGGUAGGAGGCAGAGUGCAGUUCAAGUGUUACGUGAGUGGUUCUCCCAAACCAGGUAUCACAUGGUACAAGAAUGGGAAAAUAAUAAAAAACAAGAGUGGAUUGUUCAGUAUCAUUGACAGGGAUUGGGGUUCAAAGCUAAGGAACCGCCAGUUGAAGCUGAGCGAUGCUGGAUCUUACACAUGCGUAGCAAAUAAUUCAGUGGGAACAGCAAGAAUACAAGCUUUUCUUGUUGUGAAUGAAGGUAUAAAACCCACGACCCCUCAAAGCAAGUCAACACUUGAAAACAAGUCACCUCCCUCUGUUCCAGUACCUUCCAGUAGAACGACCACUACUUUUACUACACAAGGCCUUUUUCCUAAAUACUCCAAACAAUCAAAUCCUCAGCACAGUGGAUUUGAUCAGGGAAAGGACAAACCAACAGCUAAUGAUUUGGAAAUUCCCACACCUUCACCUCUUCCAGAAAAUGGCUCUUGUGUCAUUUAUAAUGGCUCUGUUUGCUCAAAAUACUUGAAGGGACAACCUAUCUACCUAAAAAGUUAUGAAAGACUGGAAAACUUUGAGAUAAAACUAAGCACUGCAUAUAACAACAUCCGGCAUUUGAAAAAAAUCAGUGAACACUGUCGACCUUUCGUACAACCUCUACUGUGUCAUUUCCAGUUUCCAAGCUGUGACAAAACAUCUCGUGUUCCAAAGAAACGGCAAAUUUGCUACGAGGAAUGUGAAACCCUUCGUACCAAGAUUUGUGCCAAAGAAUAUAUUUUUGCAAAGAGAGCAAAACUGCAGAAACUUUUGUUCCCAGAGUGUUCCACUUUGCCUCGCAAAAGUUCAAAGGCUGGAGAAAAUUGUAUAAAACUGGGGGUCACUGAGCAGAGGAUUCAAAAUCCUGUUGAAGUACGAAGUAAAGCCUCACCCUUCACUGGCUGUUACACUGAUAAGGGAGAAAAUUUCCGUGCUAAUGUGAGCGUGACAGAGAAAGGCCUUGUGUGUCAGAGGUGGAAUUCUUCAGAUCCUCAUCACCACAUUAUAUCAACAGAAGAUUAUCCAGAGCUUGCUGGUGGACAUAACUUUUGUCGAAAUCCUGGAGGAAAAAAGAAGAAACCUUGGUGUUUUACUACCGAUGCAGACACCAAGUUUGAUUUUUGUGAUAUUCCAAGUUGUGAUGAUCCGUCCGCCAAAUCUCUGCCAGUACAGGUAGUGAGUAUUCUGUACACAGUCAUACCGUGUUUGCUCUUCGGCGUUGCGUUCUCUUCUGUCGUCAUCUUCGUCUGCUGGCGUUACCAUAAACAGAUCAUUUACCAAGCCAGCCAAUCAGCGGCUAUUCCACUGGUGCCUGUUGUUGGUAAACCAACAUACCCUAAGAUCAAAGAAAUGCGCCGAGAGACUGUCAGAUUUCUAAAUGAUUUGGGUGAAGGAGAAUUUGGCAAACUGUACAAAGGCGAAGUCUUGGAAAAAGUUGAAGUCUUGGAAAAAGUUGAAGGAGUGCAAACAACACGAGCCAUCUUGGCAAAAGUCCUCCGAAACAGCUCGUCCGCGAGUAACCGGGAAUGCUUCUUACGUCAAGCGGAGACUUGGUCCAAGUUUAGCCAUCCUAACGUCAUCAGUAUCAUCGGAAUGUGCUACAACGGACCUCCUACGUGCAUAUUGUACGAGUGCGUAGAGUAUGGUACUUUAUAUGAUUACCUGGUUGAGAACUCACCUCUGGAGUGCCCCGUCGAUGACGAUGAUGAUCCAGAAACCCUGAGUUACUACGAUCAGUUACAGAUCGCCAUUCAAUUAGCUGCGGGAAUGAACUAUUUGUCUCAACAUAAUUACAUCCACGGAGACUUGGCGGCUCGUAACUGCGUGGUAGGGCCACGCAUGACGGUCAAAAUUACGGACGUGGCGUUAUCGAGGAACCCUUUUUCAAAUGACUAUUAUCGUAGCUCUAAUAGGCCCCCGAUGCCUCUACGUUGGAUGGCCCCUGAAGGGAUCCUAAAUUACAGGUUCACUGUAGAGACAGAUAUAUGGUCCUUCGGAGUGAUCCUUUGGGAAAUAUUUUCUUUCGGUUUAAGGCCUUAUGAAGGGUUCACGGACGAGGAAGUUAUGGAGCGUAUUAGAGAACAUGAUUUACUGCUUUGUCCAGCGGACUGUCCUGCUAGAAUUUUCGUUUUAAUGAAGGAAUGCUGGGACAUUUUGCCGCCAAGCAGGCCGCGGUUUAGUGCGAUUUACACUCAUCUUUGCACGCUCAGAUGGGACACAAACGGACCACGCCCUGUGCACGAGACAUUCGAGAGAGAUUGCUUUCACGUUGAUGUGAUAGGUUAUGUUUCAUUUUACUUUGAGUAUGGUGAUUGCCCACAGUCUUCCAAUGCUCUGAUUUUUCACCCAAUUAUUUCUCUUUUUUUCCACAGGGAAAUUCCCACACCUUCACCUCUUCCAGAAAAUGGCUCUUGUGUCAUUUAUAAUGGCUCUGUUUGCUCAAAAUACUUGAAGGGACAACCUAUCUACCUAAAAAGUUAUGAAAGACUGGAAAACUUUGAGAUAAAACUAAGCACUGCAUAUAACAACAUCCGGCAUUUGAAAAAAAUCAGUGAACACUGUCGACCUUUCGUACAACCUCUACUGUGUCAUUUCCAGUUUCCAAGCUGUGACAAAACAUCUCGUGUUCCAAAGAAACGGCAAAUUUGCUACGAGGAAUGUGAAACCCUUCGUACCAAGAUUUGUGCCAAAGAAUAUAUUUUUGCAAAGAGAGCAAAACUGCAGAAACUUUUGUUCCCAGAGUGUUCCACUUUGCCUCGCAAAAGUUCAAAGGCUGGAGAAAAUUGUAUAAAACUGGGGGUCACUGAGCAGAGGAUUCAAAAUCCUGUUGAAGUACGAAGUAAAGCCUCACCCUUCACUGGCUGUUACACUGAUAAGGGAGAAAAUUUCCGUGCUAAUGUGAGCGUGACAGAGAAAGGCCUUGUGUGUCAGAGGUGGAAUUCUUCAGAUCCUCAUCACCACAUUAUAUCAACAGAAGAUUAUCCAGAGCUUGCUGGUGGACAUAACUUUUGUCGAAAUCCUGGAGGAAAAAAGAAGAAACCUUGGUGUUUUACUACCGAUGCAGACACCAAGUUUGAUUUUUGUGAUAUUCCAAGUUGUGAUGAUCCGUCCGCCAAAUCUCUGCCAGUACAGGUAGUGAGUAUUCUGUACACAGUCAUACCGUGUUUGCUCUUCGGCGUUGCGUUCUCUUCUGUCGUCAUCUUCGUCUGCUGGCGUUACCAUAAACAGAUCAUUUACCAAGCCAGCCAAUCAGCGGCUAUUCCACUGGUGCCUGUUGUUGGUAAACCAACAUACCCUAAGAUCAAAGAAAUGCGCCGAGAGACUGUCAGAUUUCUAAAUGAUUUGGGUGAAGGAGAAUUUGGCAAACUGUACAAAGGCGAAGUCUUGGAAAAAGUUGAAGUCUUGGAAAAAGUUGAAGGAGUGCAAACAACACGAGCCAUCUUGGCAAAAGUCCUCCGAAACAGCUCGUCCGCGAGUAACCGGGAAUGCUUCUUACGUCAAGCGGAGACUUGGUCCAAGUUUAGCCAUCCUAACGUCAUCAGUAUCAUCGGAAUGUGCUACAACGGACCUCCUACGUGCAUAUUGUACGAGUGCGUAGAGUAUGGUACUUUAUAUGAUUACCUGGUUGAGAACUCACCUCUGGAGUGCCCCGUCGAUGACGAUGAUGAUCCAGAAACCCUGAGUUACUACGAUCAGUUACAGAUCGCCAUUCAAUUAGCUGCGGGAAUGAACUAUUUGUCUCAACAUAAUUACAUCCACGGAGACUUGGCGGCUCGUAACUGCGUGGUAGGGCCACGCAUGACGGUCAAAAUUACGGACGUGGCGUUAUCGAGGAACCCUUUUUCAAAUGACUAUUAUCGUAGCUCUAAUAGGCCCCCGAUGCCUCUACGUUGGAUGGCCCCUGAAGGGAUCCUAAAUUACAGGUUCACUGUAGAGACAGAUAUAUGGUCCUUCGGAGUGAUCCUUUGGGAAAUAUUUUCUUUCGGUUUAAGGCCUUAUGAAGGGUUCACGGACGAGGAAGUUAUGGAGCGUAUUAGAGAACAUGAUUUACUGCUUUGUCCAGCGGACUGUCCUGCUAGAAUUUUCGUUUUAAUGAAGGAAUGCUGGGACAUUUUGCCGCCAAGCAGGCCGCGGUUUAGUGCGAUUUACACUCAUCUUUGCACGCUCAGAUGGGACACAAACGGACCACGCCCUGUGCACGAGACAUUCGAGAGAGAUUGCUUUCACGUUGAUGUGUGAUCCGUAAAAUACGGCGCGUAAGCGAUUGUCUUUUUGUGUAUGCGACCAAUUGCAGUUGCUAAUAUGAAUAUAUAUACCCAAUGGAAAA